AUGAUUUGCAAGAGGUCUGCGUUGGUUCUUCUCCGCCAGUUGCGCGUGGUGGAAAGAAGAAGAGUUGCUUUAAUUCCGAAUCAAGCAACUAUUGGUUUGCCUAUUAACUUGGCUACCAGAAGAUUCAACUCUUUGAAUAGCAAGGAUACCAAACCUUUGGAUUCAGCUAAGACUGCUACUCCAGUAGCUGAAAAGAAAGAAGAAGCUAAAAAAUUGACCCUCUGGGAAAAAGUCAAGCAUGAAGCUCACCAUUACUGGUCAGGGACUAAAUUAUUGGGAUUUGAAAUUAAGGUUGCCACGAAAUUGUUAGUGAGAAUGCUUAGUGGUUACGAGUUGACUAGAAGAGAAUACCAACAGUUGAAGAGAACCAUCGUUGAUGUCCUUAGACUUGUUCCAUUUUCUGCGUUUGUCUUGAUCCCAUUUGCUGAAUUAUUGUUGCCAAUUGCCUUGAAAAUUUUCCCAAACUUGUUGCCUUCCACUUACGAAUCUAACGUUGACAAAGAAAAGAAGAGAGCCAAGCUUUUGGAAACUAGAGCCAAGACUUCCUCAUUCUUGAGAAACACUAUUCAAGAAAGUAACAACUUGAUGAAAUUACCUGUCCAAAUUUCUGAAGAUGAAAAAUUUGCAUUCGUUGAAUUUUUCCGUAAAAUCAACAUUGUCGAUGAAAGACCAACUGAUGAGCAAAUUGUUAAGGUUGCUAGAUUGUUCAAGGAUGAUGAAGUUUUGGAUAACUUGUCCCGUCCUCAGUUAGUUGCUAUGGCCAAAUAUAUGGCUCUUACUCCAUUUGGUACUGAUACUUUCAUCAGAUACCAAAUCAGAACCAAGUUGAUCAAUGUGGUUCAAGAUGAUAGAGCCAUUAGAUACGAAGGUGUUGACUCCUUGUCUGUCCUUGAAUUGAAGGCUGCCUGUAGAUCAAGAGGUUUGAAGAAUAUCGAUGUUUCUCCAGGUAGAUUGAGAGAUGACUUGAAUACUUGGUUAGAAUUGAGAUUGAACCAAAAAAUCCCAUCCACUUUGUUGAUUUUGAGUUCUAUUUACACAUAUGGUCAAUCCGAAGUUAACAGUUACUACGAUGCUUUGUUGCAUGUCUUGUCUUCCAUCCCAGAUGAAGUUUAUGACGUUGCCAAGGCGGGUUUGAGUGAUGACUACAAGGUGAAAUUGAACAUUUUGAAAGAACAACAAGAAAAGAUCCAAGAAGAACAUGAACAAGAAAAGCAAAUGGAUGCCGCACCUGUUAAGGAUCACAAGAAUGUUAAGGAUGUUGAAGAACCAAAGCCAGAACAAGUUGAAGAAUCUAAGGCUUCAGAGGAAGCUCAAAAAGACAAGAAAGCUUAA